AUGAAGUGGCUGGGAGAAUCCAAGAACAUGGUAGUGAAUGGCCGGAGAAGUGGAAGCAAGUCAUCUAAUGACCACGCGCAGACCAAAUUGCAGCAUGCAGGAAAGGAGAAUCCAAAGACGGGCAAAAAUGGAGUUGAGAGAAGAUCAAGCAGAUGUAGUGGUGCUUCAGGAUUUGAGGGACAAAGUCGUUAUGUGCCUUCCUCUGGAAUGUCUGCCAAGGAACUCUGUGAAAAUGAUGACCUAGCAACUAGUUUGGUUCUUGAUCCCUAUUUAGGUUUUCAGACACACAAAAUGAAUACUAGAUUUCGACCUAUUAAAGGAAGGCAAGAAGAACUCAAAGAGGUGAUUGAACGUUUUAAGAAAGAUGAGCACUUAGAAAAAGCCUUCAAGUCCUUGACGUCAGGUGACUGGGCCCGGCACUAUUUUCUUAACAAGAACAAAAUGCAGGAAAGGUUGUUCAAGGAACAUGUAUUUAUUUAUUUACGAAUGUUUGCAACUGACAGUGGGUUUGAGAUACUGCCUUGUAAUCGGUAUUCUUCUGAGCAAAAUGGAGCCAAAAUCGUUGCAACAAAAGAAUGGAAACGAAAUGAUAAAAUAGAAUUACUUGUGGGCUGUAUUGCUGAACUAUCAGAAAUGGAAGAAAACAUGCUGCUGAGACAUGGGGAAAAUGACUUCAGUGUCAUGUAUUCCACACGAAAAAACUGUGCACAACUAUGGCUUGGUCCUGCUGCAUUUAUCAAUCAUGAUUGCAGACCUAACUGUAAGUUCGUAUCAACAGGCAGAGAUACAGCAUGUGUGAAAGCUCUACGAGAUAUUGAACCUGGAGAAGAAAUCUCUUGUUACUACGGAGAUGGGUUUUUUGGAGAAAACAAUGAAUACUGCGAAUGUUACACCUGUGAAAGACGUGGAACUGGUGCUUUUAAAUCAAGAGUGGGGUUGCCAGCACCUACUCCUGUGAUUAACAGUAAAUAUGGACUGAGAGAAACAGACAAACGACUGAACAGACUUAAAAAGUUGGGUGACAGCAGCAAGAAUUCAGACAGCCAGUCUGUCAGCUCCAACACUGAUGCAGAUACCACUCAGGAAAAAGGUAAUGCAACUAACAGAAAAUCUUCAAUUGGUGUAAAAAAGAACAGCAAAAAUAGAACAUUAACCAGACAGUCUAUAUCAAGAAUUCCAGCAUCAUCAAACUCUACCUCAUCUAAACUAACUCAUAUAAAUAAUUCCAGGGUACCAAAGAGACUGAGAAAGCCUGCAAAGCCUUUACUUUCAAAGAUAAAGUUGAGAAAUCAGUGCAAAAGACCAGAGCAAAAGAAUGCUUCUCGAAAGCUUGAAAUGGGAAAUUUAGUUCUCAAAGAGCCUAAAGUAGUUUUGUAUAAAAACUUGCCCAUUAAAAAGGAUAAAGAAUUGGAAGGACCAGUCAAAGUUGCAGUCUCUAGCGGAUGCUUAACGAGGCAUGCAGCGAGAGAACAUAAACUGAAUUCUGUGAAAGGUGCUUAUGAGCAUGGUGAUAUUGCACCCUGCACAUACAUCACGAGGAGGUCAAUGAGAACAAGGAUGAGUUUGAAGGAGACCUCUGACACAAAGCUUGAACCAAAUACAUUGGAUAGCUAUAAGAGUAACUUGACUGGAACACAAUCGGACAUUGCAGAGCAGCAGUCUCGUGCGUUAAACGACAACGAUGUGGCUCAUGGACCAUCACAUAAAGGAGAGGGUCGGUGCCAGAAAAGUGAUGCAGGCACAUCAAAAAAGAAAUCUCGACAAGGAAAGCUUGUGAAACCAUCUUCUAAAACAGAGGAAACUGAUACUAUGCACAACACACCUAUGAAGGAUGAAGUACCAGAUUUGAUUAGUUCUCGUUCAGAACUCGAAGAGAGGAAUAACAUGGCGGACACACCUGUUGGGUUUAAAGACUGUAUCCCUGGAUCUGGUGGCUGCUCUGUAACAACUGACAAUUUUAAAGCAAAAGACAGCUUUAGAACUGCAAAAAGUAAAAAGAAAAGACGAAUCACGAGGUAUGAUGCACAACUUAUCCUUGAAAAUAGCUCUGGGAUCCCUAAACUGACUCUUCGUAGGCGCCAUGAUAGCAGUAGCAAGGCAAAUGAUCAAGAGAGUGAUGGAAUGAAUUCUUCAAAAAUAAGCAUAAAAUUAAGUAAAGACCAUGAAAAAGAUAACAAUUUAUAUGUAGCAAAGCUAAAUAAUGGGUUUAACUCAGGAUCAGGCAAUAGUUCAACAAAAUUAAAAAUACAGCUAAAACGAGAGGACGAAAACAGAGGGACAUACCCAGAGGACCUUCAUGAAAAUGGUGUGUGUUGUAGUGAAACUCUCUCCCUUUUGGAGUCAAGAAUGGAAGUAGAUGAUUAUGGUCACUAUGAAGAGGAAACAGCAGAUGAAUCUUCAUCAGAAGAGGAUGAUGAAGAGGAAGAUGACUAUGAUGAUGAAUUUGAUGACUUUAUUCCUCUUCCUCCAGCGAAGAGAUUAAGGCUUAUUGUUGGCAAGGAUUCAAUAGAUAUUGAUAUUUCUUCCAGGAGGAGAGAAGAUCAGUCUUUAAGGCUCAAUGCAUAAGCUUAUAGGUCUUAAACUGACCUGGAUGUCAUUUCUAAAAAAAAUUUAAAAUAAUAAAAAAAAAAUAAUAAUAGAAAACCCAACAAAAAUUCCAUUUGAUUAUUCCUCAA